GACCAAAAUACAAGAGCAGUAACGUGCCACCUAUGUGAAGUUGUGAACCCCUCCUCCGCCUCCACAAUCAAUCAUCGCUAAAACCCUUCCUCAUGAAACGACACCGUUUUUAUCCCAAACACGGUACACUCUUCACAAGCCGAUGACACUUUCUCUCAUCUUCACCACUUUCCGAAUUUCCAAUACUACCCUCGUCACCCAUUACCACACUCUGAAACCCAACAAACCCGAAGCAUGGUUCGUCAAAAUCGUUUCCACCCUCUUUCUCCGCUUCACAAACCCACUCGACGUUACAUUUUCGCGUUACGUUCGUAACCACUUAACCCCUUCACUUACAUUACAAAUUAUCACAAAACUAAACAACCCUCAAUUAGGUUUCACCUUUUUCCAAUUCACCAAACAAAAAUUGAACCUUUCUUAUUCAUUUUGGACUUACAACUUUCUCUUAAGGUCCCUUUGUCAAGAAAAUCAACACAGUUCAGCAAAACUUGUUUAUCAUUCUAUGAGGGCUGAUGGGUUGUUGCCUGAUAGUAGGUUGUUGGGAUUCUUGGUUUCUUCUUUUGCGUUUGUUGAUAGGUUUGAUGUUUCCAAGGAGUUUAUUAAUGAUGCUUUGUGUAAUAAGGUUGAUGUAAAUGUUGCUGUUUAUAAUAACUUUCUUAACAUUUUGGUUAAAUCUAAUAGGUUACACGAUGCUGUUAGUUUGUUUAGGGAGCUUGUUAGAUUUAAUUUGAAUAUAGAUAUAUUCACAUUCAAUAUCUUGAUUCGAGGUUUCUGCGUUAUUGGAGAAAUCGACGAGGCGUUUAGGUUUUUGAAUAAUAUGAGAAGUUUUGGUUGUUACCCGGAUGUUGUUAGUUAUAAUACUCUUAUACAUGGUUUAUGUAGAAUAAACGAGGUUGAUAGAGCAAGAGAUUUAGUUAGAGAGAUUUGUUUGAGAAGUGAGUUUGGUCCUAAUGUUUUGAGUUAUACGAUAGUGAUAUCGGGUUAUUGCAAACUGAGUAAGAUGAAGGAGGCUUCUUCUGUUUUCGAUGAAAUGGUUACGUCUGGAGCUAAGCCUAGUGUAGCUACUUUUAAUGCACUCAUUUAUGGAUUUGUUAAGGCAGGUGACAUGGCUUCUGCGCUAGGAAUACAUAAGAGGAUGCUGUUUCAUGGUUGUUCUCCUGAUGUUGUUACUUUCACUUUGUUAAUUGAUGGAUAUUGCCGAGUUGGGCAGUUGAACUAUGGUUUGGACGUUUGGAAUGAAAUGAAAGCGAGAAAUGUUUCUGCAAAUUUGUAUACUUUCUCGAUUCUUAUUAGUGCUAUGUGCAGGAGUAAUAGACUAGAAGACGCUCGUGAGCUUCUAAGACUAUUGAAUCAGAGUGACAUUGUUCCACAACCAUUUAUCUACAAUCCUGUCAUUGAUGGAUAUUGUAAAUCCGGUAAUGUUGAUGAAGCUAAUGCAAUUGUGGUAGAUAUGGUGAACAAAUGUAAACCGGAUAAGCUAACAUUUACUAUUCUUAUUAUCGGUCAUUGUAUGAAAGGAAGAGCACCUGAAGCAAUUGGUAUCUUUUACAAGAUGUUGGCGACCGGUUGUUCACCUGAUGAAGUUACUAUUAGAACUUUAAGUUCAUGUCUUUUGAAGUCUGGAAUGCCUAGUGAGGCUGCUCACAUUAAGGAAGCUCUAUUUAAGAAUCAAAGUACAAAUUCAUAUAUGCAGCAGUCUCUUUAUUAAAGUGCUACUGAAAAUCAGUGGUUAGGCAUUGCCUUCCACUGUUUUCCCUUGAGAGAAUAUACUCAUCAAGCAGCAUGCCAAUAUUUUCUCUAGAUUAUCAACAAUGGAGUCAGAAUUGGCAAUUUCCCCAAGAUUAUGCUGAUGUUGUUGGAGCAUGCAGGUAAGCAUGCUGCAAAUUGUUGAUUUUUUUUUUUUGGAUUUAGUUUUCCCGAUUAAAUUUGAAUUAUUGUUUCUUGUCACUUUUCUCCUCACUUUUACUAUGAAGUUUUAGUUAACAGUCUUGUUGAUCUCAACACAUCAACUUAUCAUUAUCAUGCUGGCAUGGUAGCUUUUUGUUAGAGAAGAAACACAUAUAAUAGGAACAGGAGAGAGUAGUAGAGGUCAUUGAGAAGUUUGUUAUGGAACUGGUUAGGAGGGAAUGCCUAUCUGAUGUAACAGAGGAAAUGUUGGAAGCAAGGGUUGAUGCUCUAGAAGCAAGAAUGGUGAGUUUGGAGGAAUAAUUGAAAUCACUUGUGGCGGAGUUUCUUCAAUUGUUGAAGGCAGAGAUGGAGAGGUAUAUUGAGUUAUAUUGGGGGUGCUUCCACAAAUGAGGAUCUCAGUGUCAUUGGUCAAUUGUUCUCCAGCAACUGGUCACUGUUGGAGAUGAAAACAGUUGAAAAGCAAGGUCAUUACAGAAAGGUACCAGAAAAAGCAACGAGAAGGUGCUAGAUCAAUGGUGGAGAUGAAGCUUACAACAAGGAAAUAGAAACUGAAUUCGAAAAAUUCAUUGGCAAAGGGGUACAAAAGUGGGACUGGACGAGUGAGGUGCAAAGAAACAAGCAGAUGGUUUGUUGUUGUCACCACCGCCGGAACCACGGGAUUUCUGCCGACCUGCAGCGGCUUUGUCUGAGCCACAACUGUCAGACCGUUGAAUUCAGAAGAAAGUGACAAUAAGUUUCCAACCCUGGGAAUUGGGAGUCAAUUUUGUGAAUGUUUUAAUCACAUGAAGCUAGCUUUGCACGUUACCAACAGUGGGAUCUAGGAGGAAGUGACUUGAGGUUCAAGACAAUUGCACCAAGAGAAUCGUAGUUCAUUGGAAAGGGAAGACUGCAAAGAGCUACAUUGGAGAAAAAUAUUAGUAGUUAAUGUUCCAAGCUCAGACUUGAGGGAAAGUCUGUUUUCAAGGAGGUGGCAAUGUUAGGACCUCGAAUGGGGUGUUAGCUUAAGUGGGCUUAACAUCACCUAAUCAAUAUCAUGCUGGUGUGGCAGCUUUCUGUUAGAAGGGAAACACAUAUAAUAAGAAGAGGGGAAACUAGUAGAGGUCAUUGAGAAGUUUAUUAAGAAAUUGGUUAAGAGGGAAUAUCUCCCCGGUCGUAGUCUUAGACUCUGGGGUGUUAUCCGUUUCUCCAUUGUAGAGCUAUUGAGCUCACAUUUUGAUCAAAUAAUAUACAGUUUUGUCUUAAUUGAAAUUAUGGGUUCUAUCAACAUACAAGAGUGGGGAUUAACUGAUGGUCUCCUUGAA